GCGCAUAACUCAACAACGCCUGGACCAAUUUGGCCAAAUCUUUUUUUAAAAUGUUCGUUGAAGUUCAAGGAUGGUUUUUACGGCGAGAAAAAUUAGAAUUAUUGCUGGAAAAUUCCUAAAAAUAGCUCUUUUCUUUUUCCCAUACAAAUGAUUUGUAACUAAAACGUAGUCAAUUUGAGCACUCACUGUUGUCUAAGCAAUGUAGGUGUGUUCCUAACGUCAAAGAUCAUAUCUAUCAAAACAAUGUGUGUGUGUGCGUUGGAGCACAGAAUACAUAGUUGGAGGAGUUUAAUGUCGCGUUCCGAAACUCGCGUUUCUUUUGUAUUAGUUUCGGCACGCGAGAUAAAAUGCAGCAGUUUCCACGUCAUUACAUCAGUCAAACAAAAAUCGCGUUAGCAACAGUGUUUUAUUAUUUUUAAUAUCCAAACAAAAACAAUUCGUACGGCUAAAAAAAACAAUUCGUACGGCUUAAAAGGAUUUGACUUCAAGUCAUAUCAAAUUAAAAAAAAAAAAGUUGUCUGUUACCUAAUCUACUGAGUUUGCUUUUGUCAACUGAUACACGAAACAAAUUCGUAUAUCGUGUUUUUUGCAGAGUGUUUAGUUAGUUAGUGUUUGAUUAGUUCGUGAUUAGUGAAAAAAUAAUGUAUAUUUGAUAUGCCUCCUAUAAGACGAAGCAAUUUAGGUAGAAGAACCAGAAAUGCUACAAACCAAGCUAAUUACCGAUCUAAUCGUACUGCACAAGAACGUGACGACGGAAAUGAACGUGAAAGAAUUCGGAUAUCACAAACGCGUGAAGCGCGAGCGCGACAUUCAACUAAUAAUCGCGCAAGUUUGAAUCGAGCUGCUUUCAGUUACGAUGUGUCAAUUGACUACAGUAACUACCAAUGUGUUGUUAUUGGUUCUAUGAACUCGGUUUGCUCACACUGUAAGGCAUUAAAAUACAAAAACGAAGCCAAUGGAUUGUGUUGCGCAAAUGGUAAAGUGAAAUUGAUACCAUUGGAUCCACCACCAGAACCAUUGUACUCAUUGGUUUCAGGAAUAGGAACAGAUUCUAUACACUUUUUGACACAUAUCCAACAAUAUAACAAUUGCUUUCAAAUGACUUCAUUUGGGGCAACAAAUGUAGUUCGGGAAAAUUUUAUGCCAACUUUCAAGAUACAAGGGCAAAUAUAUCACAGAGCAGGUUCACUGUUACCAGUGUCAGAUAGCGACAACAAAUUCCUGCAAAUUUAUUUUAUGGGCAAUUCACCACAAGAAAUUGAUCUGCGUUGUGCACAUAACAAUUUAACGUUUUAUGCACCAACUAUUGAUGAAGUUGCUAUCGUUGUAGUUGGAGAAAACUUGGAAUCCCGUGAUAUUGUUUUACAUCGUCGGAAUGAUCAAUUACAACGUAUAAAGGAAACACACCGCUCAUAUGAUGCACUGCAAUAUCCCAUUAUAUUUUGGCAAGGUGAAGAUGGCUACGAUUUCUCAACAAAAAUGAUAAAUCCCAUUACAGGUUCUGAAACCAACAAAAAAGUCAGUUCAAUGAACUAUUAUUCAUACCGCCUAAUGAUUCGGGAAAAUGAAGAUAAUCACAUAUUGAAAUGUCGGCGAUUAUAUCACAAAUAUGUUGUUGACAUGUAUGUUAAAAUUGAAACGGAGAGAUUAACAUUCAUCAGGUUGAAUCAAACCAAACUCCGAUCUGAAGAGUAUAUUCACCUUCGAGAUGCGAUUAAUACUGAUGGAAAUGCACAGAAUGUCGGUCGGAUGACUAUUCUUCCAGCAACAUACAUCGGAAGCCCUCGGCAUAUGCACGAAUAUGCUCAAGAUGCCAUGUCGUAUGUUCGUCAUUAUGGUACAGCAGAUUUGUUCAUCACAUUUACAUGCAAUCCGCAAUGGAUAGAAAUCAAGCAGGAGUUAUUCUCUGGGCAAUCACCCAUUGAUCGUCAUGAUAUUACAGCCAGAGUCUUUAGACAAAAGUUGAAAUCAUUAAUGGAUUUCAUCGUAAAACAUAAUGUGUUUGGUGAGACACGCUGCUGGAUGUAUUCUGUGGAGUGGCAGAAACGAGGAUUGCCACAUGCACACAUUUUGAUUUGGUUGGUUGAAAAGAUAAGGCCAAAUGAAGUUGACGCAGUGAUAUCAGCUGAAAUCCCUGAUGUACUAGUAGAUCCUGGAUUACAUGAGGUAGUUAUCAAACACAUGAUACAUGGUCCCUGUGGAACUCUUAAUCAAAAUUCACCGUGUAUGAUGGAUGGUAAAUGUUCAAAACGAUAUCCACGGACAUUAAUAUCGGAAACAAUUACUGGUAAUGACGGUUAUCCAUUGUAUCGUCGCAGGUCGACAGCAGACAAUGGAAAAUCAACAAUUGUCAAAUUAAAUCAACAAGAUAUUGAAAUAGAUAAUCGUUGGAUUGUUCCAUAUUCACCCAUUUUAUCAAAGACAUUCAAAGCACACAUCAACGUUGAAUCUUGCCAUUCAGUGAAAUCAAUUAAAUACAUUUGCAAAUAUGUAACCAAAGGGAGUGAUAUGGCUGUGAUUGGAAUUGGUGCAGAGAAUUCCAAUGAUGAAGUUACCCAAUACCAAAUGGGCCGCUAUGUCAGUAGUAAUGAAGCAGUUUGGCGAAUAUUUUCUUUUCCUAUUCAUGAGAGACACCCUUCUGUUGUUCACUUAGCUGUGCAUUUAGAAAAUGGACAAAGAGUGUAUUUUACAACACAGAACGCAGUACAAAGAGCUGCUCAGCCACCAUCUACUACAUUAACCAGUUUUUUUGAGACAUGCCAAAACGAUGAUUUCGCACAAACAUUGCUAUAUUCUGAAAUGCCAAAAUAUUAUACCUGGAAUCAAUCCUCAAGGAGAUUUAUACGACGGAAACAAGGAAAACCAGUUCCAGGAUAUACAGAUGUCGAUUUACAAUAUGGCAUGGAAAUCGUGCCCGUAUGA